AUGACAACAAAUUCACCAUCCAAUAAUAAUAAUAAUAAUAACAACAAUUCAACUACUACCAGUUCUGCUACUGCUAAUCAACAACAUUCCAUUCUCAUGCAACAUCAUCAUCCAUUCUUUAAUUCAUCCUCCAGUAACAAUCUUGUACUGAUUGAAGGUCCUCUCCUCAACAAUAACCAACCACAACAUCAUUUGAUUCUCUCAGAAAAGUCAUCUAUUGCCUUUGAACAAGAAUAUGGAAAAAACCACUCAACUACCUCCUCCACCACUCAAUCUUUCCAAUCUCCACAACAACAACAACAUCACCAGUUAUUGAUGAGCGCGCAAUCAAACUCUUAUCAACAACAUUCAGGUAAUGUUGUUUGUUUAGAUGAAGCUCUCGAGGGAAUUGAUUUUCAAAUUAUGGAUUUGGCUAAUGAAGGUUUUCCUAAUCAAUUUUUAUCAAGUACUAACAAUGGUUCAGUGAAUGAUCAUGUAGUUGAUAUGGAUAGUAGUAAUAGCAGCAGUAUUCAUCAUCAUCAACAUGCAAUAAUACCAUCUCACAUGCCUUCACAUGAACUCAUCGAUCACAUGUUACUCAACCACAAUAAUAUUACAAGUACUGCUACAAUUGAACAAAAGCAAAAUAAUAAGAAGGAAGUAAAGAAUAACUCACCUAAUGAUCAAGAGAAUUCUGCUAAGAACAUAUAUACUCCAAUCACAUUUACGGUUGAUCAGUUGAGACCUCACUUUGAGACUCCAAUCAAGAAUGUGGCUGCCAUGCUGAAUAUUUCAUUGACUCAACUGAAGAGAGUUUGUAGAACUGUUGGUAUUCCAAGAUGGCCAUACAGAAAGAUACAAUCUUUGAAAUCUAAAAUUAAUGAGAAGAAUAUUUUACUUGAAAAGUUGUUGAAACAAAGCAAAGUUAUUAUCGAUCCACUUAAAAGACAAAAUGUUGAGAAUAGAAUCAUGACCAUGAAGAAUGAUAUUACCAAUGUUGAAAAGCAAAUCCAACAAAUCAAAAUGGAUCCAAAAUGUGCAGUUUCUGGUAAUUUCGAUAACAAUUCAGAUACCAUGCAAGAAUCAGAAGGUUCUGAAAACAACUCAAUUACAUUCCACAAUCAAGUGAUUACCAAUACACAUGUUAAGAGUGGUGCCAUCAUGGGACAAAUGCGAUCAGUUGUGCACAAUGGUAAAACUCCACAAAGAAGAGGAUCACAAGUUAAGGGUGGUUCUUCUUCUCAGAAUUCUACUCCAACUACAAUUGUUACAAAUAAUAAUGGUGUUCCAAUUAUUAUGAAUCAAUCACAACAACAAAUGCAAGUUGACAACUCUAAUGGAAAGAGAAAGAUGAGAAGCGUAGAACAUGUUACUCUCAACAAUAAUAAUUUGUAUCCACAACAACAACAACAAAUGGAUAUGAAAAAUGUUCAACAGCCAAACAUGUUCACUAAUAACCAAUAUGGAAAUAGUAUGCCAAACACUUCAAAUAUGGGUAACAUGAAUUACAAUUUCGUGCAACAUCAAGUGAAUGCUAUUGAAAUUGAUAGAAAGAAGAGAAAGAUGAAUGAUGUAUCUCCACCACCUCAAAACAUGCAAAUGACACCUACCUAUCCAAACAAUAAUACCUUCAUCAACUCUCCUGUAAAUAAUCAAAACUUUACAUUCAAUAAUGCUCCAACUCAACAAAAUGCUCAACAAUUCUACUUUAAUAAUGGUAAUUACGUACCAAAUAAUGGUGGAGAUAAUGCAUACAAUAAUUUGUUGGCCAUCAUCAAUAGAGGCGUAAUGACAAAUAACAACAAUAAUAACCCAACUACUACCUACUAUCAAAACCAACAAGUGAACAAUAUGAAUAAUAUGACACCUCAAAAUAACUAUCUCCAGAAUUAUUAUUCAACAAUAGGCAACAACAACAACAAUAGUACAUUCCAACAACAAACAAAUCCAUUCAUCCCUAAUUCUUCUUCUCUAAGCUCAACUGACAAUAAUAACCAAUCUGACACUCUAGAUUUGUCCAAAGCUCUUAUUUCUCAGUCUGAAAUAUAUUCCAAUUUGAGUAAAUUCCAAUAAACCAACAAAAUUUUGAUAAU